UGUGUAUGUGUGUGUGAGAGAGAGAGAGAGAGUGUGUGUAAGUGAGUGUGACUCUGUGUUUACUGGAGUGGGAGUUGGAAAGGGGUAAGGGAGAGUGGACUUUUCUAAAAAUACCCUCCACUGACAGACAAGAAAGACAAAGGGAGCCAAUGGUUAAAUAGUGAGACACAGUCAUUCCCCUGUAUUGUGCUCUUCUGAAGACACCACUGACCAGCAUUCCUCUCCACAGAAAGUAACCCACACAGUUGGACAACAUGCCAGAACAAUCGCAAGAAAGGAAGUCAAAAAUCUCAGCCUCCCGGAAGCUGAUGCUCAAGAGUUUGAUGGUGGCAAAGGCGAAAGAGGACCUUGAACAAGAGAUUCUGGAUAAGGAGGAGGAGAAGCAGAGGUAUUUAGCUGAGAGAGUUCCCCCUCUCAAAUCCAGCGGCUUACCAUUCGCUGACCUCCAGAAAUUCUGCGAGGAGCUCCAUGUAAAGAUUGGUGUUGUGGAUGAAGAACGUUACGACAUCGAGGCUAAAGUCAAUCUGAACACUCGUGAGAUCAAGGACCUGAACAUCAAGGUGUUGGACCUGAGGGGGAAGUUUAAGCGGCCCCCUCUGAGGAGGGUGAGGGUCUCUGCGGACGCCAUCCUGCGGGGACUCCUGGGAUCCAAACACAAAGUGUCCAUGGAUCUCCGUGCCAACCUCAAGUCCGUCAAGAAGGAGGACGCAGAGAAGAAAAGGCCAGUGGAGGAUAGUGACUGGAGGAAGAACGUGGAGGCCAUGUCUGGUAUGGAGGGCAGGAAGAAGAUGUUUGAUGCUGCUAAGAGUCCAGCCCAGUGAGCCCGCUGCACCUGUCACUGGGCCUCCAUUACUGCACAAGAAACUGAGAGGCGUGUUCAUCCCCCAUCUUCCCUUGUACUUCCAGUGGACCUUGAAACUACUUCAAAUAGUGUCAUGUGUCUGGGAUUAUGAUUCAAACUAUGAUAUAAUUACACCCUAAUAAACAGUACUCAAGAA